AUGAAAACUGUUAGUGUUCCAACAUUAAGAAACUGGAUGACCACUAUUAGAGGUUUCCAAUAUCUAUCAAAAGUGCUAAAUGCAAAAGGAUUGAAGUCAUUGUUGCCCAGAAACUUGAAUCAAGAUCCGCUGGAAGAUUUUUUUGGAGCUGUCAGAAGUCUUGGUUGUACUAAUCCCACUUGUGCAUCAUUCAUUCAAUCCUAUAAAACUUUAAUGCUCAACAAUUUGGUAUCACCUCAUUCACCUGGAGCUAACUAUGAGGAAGAUCUUACUGAGGGUACUUUGACAAAUUAUAAAAAUUUAUUUUGUUCUAAACAUGACAUAAAUUAUACCUAA